UCAGUCUCUGCUCUCUGCUGUAUGAUGAUGUCUGUGCUGGUUGUUGGCCGCCUGCUGCUGCUGCUCGCCUGCUUGGCUCUGCCUCUGUAUGGCGUGGAAAAGGUGAGAAAUAGAGGAUACCGAAAGGAUCCCGACGCAGACAAGUUCGGCAGCUGCAUGCAGGGGCCAGGAGGCCCCACUGGCAGAGAAGGCAACCCUGGGGCCAACGGCAUUCCGGGGACGCCGGGCAUCCCUGGCCGCGACGGGUCUAAAGGUGAGAAAGGGGAGUGCAUCAGCGAGAUCUUCGAGGAAUCCUGGAAGCCCAACUACAAGCAGUGUGCCUGGAACUCUCUGAAUUAUGGAAUUGACCUGGGUAAAGUGGCAGACUGUACGUUCACCAAGAUGCGUUCAGACAGUGCCCUCAGAGUCCUCUUCAGUGGCUCCCUCAGACUCAAGUGUAAGAACGCGUGCUGCCAGAGGUGGUACUUCACCUUCAACGGAGCCGAGUGUACUGGACCCCUGCCCAUAGAGUCAAUCAUCUACUUAGACCAGGGAAGCCCAGAGCUGAACUCAACCAUCAACAUUCACAGAACGUCCUCAGUUGAAGGCCUGUGCGAGGGAGUUAAAGCCGGGCUGGUAGAUGUGGCUGUGUGGGUGGGGACCUGCGCUGACUACCCAAGAGGUGACGCAUCUACAGGCUGGAACUCAGUAUCCAGGGUCAUCAUUGAGGAACUGCCUAAAUAAAUAAAAGGAAACAGUCGUGGCAGUGUAGUAUGUUUGCUGGCUAGUGAUGGCGAGAUGAAGCUUCAUGAAUCUUUGAAGCUUUCCAUCCAAUUGGUUCGCUCAUGGGCCGAAGCUUCAUGGCGCUUCAUUUGCUCUACUCCGCUAUCAAGUGGACAUUAAAUGUAAUGUAAUUAUAAUGAAACCAUGGCUUUGGUGUGUGAAGCUUUGAAUUGAAUAAACGAAUAAAUGAUGUUUGUGAUGCCAAUACACGUACACGUACAAAAUUGAUAACAGUUAAUUCAUUUUUAUUUAAAAACCACAGCUUCUCAACAGUGCUGGGUUUCAGGCGGUUUCAUUUUUUAGAAAUAAUUUCGCCUGCUUUAGAAACGAUCAUUUCACAGCGCACAGAUGAUGCUGGGGUACAAAGAAAAGAUACCGCAAGAUUGUAGAAGUUAGGAAAUAAAUUCCUUUUCUCCCUCCAAUACUCAGCAUAUAUUGCAAGCAAACGCACAAUAAAGUCCCAAGACAAGUAGUGUGGGGGGGAAUCGAUUGCGUUUCGCGGCCCCUUUUAUUUUGAAUCGCACACCAAACCCGCGAACCCUUUCCUGAAUCAGUGACGUGCUCGGCCGGCUCGCGAGGCUUCGAACGUCAUCACAUACGUCAUCAACACAAGCCUCGAUACGCGCUUCGUAAAAAUCAUCCUCGAUUACUCGACACACGCUUCGAAGCCUCGACACGGGAGGACACAUCACUAUUGCUGGCCCUCCAAAAUGAUCUGGUGUGGUUUUGCUGGGGCUUCACAGCAUCACUGAUUGUAACUUGAAUGUUUUUUCCUCUCUUUUAUCUCGCUGGAGUAUAACACUAGAUGACAAGCCUACAAACAGGAAUACUGUGUCAUUCUGUCCACCAGAAAUAAACAUUGUACUGUAGCUUCUCUUCUUGUGGGUGCUGUUGCAUUCCAGUAACCGAUUAACAGACUUUGUGACAAGACAUUGACAAUAUUUAAACUAUGUACUCAUUUGACCUGUUCAAAUUGUUAAUGUUAAUAAAACAAUCCUUUUUGUAAAGAAUUUAA